GAGAGGGGCGGGGCCGAGGUGGAGCCGCGCGCCGGGGGGAGACCUGACCGCCGCCCGGGACCUGCCCCGACGCCCCGUCGCCAUGGACCCCCGCCCGCGCAUCCCCCCGCUCCUGCUGCUCCUCGGCGGGAUCCUGGGCCUCACCGGGUGUCUGAGGAUACUCCCCCCCGACGCCAGUCUGAUCGAGAAGGCCAAAGGAGACACCGUUCAUUUGCCGUGCAAGUACACGCUCGCCACGGAAGAUCAGGGGCCGCUGGACAUCGAGUGGGUCCUAUCCCUGCCCGAUAAUCUCAAGGUGGAUCAGAUGAUCAUCUUUUAUUCCGGAGGCAGAAUUUUUGCCGACUACUACAAAGAAAUGAGCGGCCGGGUACACUUUACGGACAGCGAUCCCCAAUCCGGCGACGCCUCCAUAAACGUGACCGAUUUACAGUUGUCCGACAUCGGCACGUACCAGUGCAAAGUGAAGAAGGCCCCCGGGGUCCACAGCAGCAAGAUCCAGCUCUCCGUCCUCGUUAAGCCCACAGGGACGCGAUGCUCCGUGGAAGGACCGCAGGAGAUCGGGAGCGACUUCAAGAUGCGGUGCGAGUCGCCGGAAGCUUCCGCGCCGCUGCAGUUCGAAUGGCAGAGGCUCCCCCCCGCGGAGCGCUUCCCCACGCCGUGGUUGGCGGAAAUGACCUCUCCGGUUAUUAAUGUGAAGAACGCUACUCGGGAGUACUCCGGGACCUACAGGUGUGUGGUGCGAAACAGAGUCGGUUCCGACGAAUGCCUCCUUCGGCUGGACGUCGUUCCCCCCUCGAAUACCGCCGGGACGAUCGCCGGCGCCGUCAUAGGGACUCUGAUGGCUCUGUUGCUGUUGGGCCUUCUCGUCUUCUGUUGCUGCAAGAAACGGAAGGAGGAGAAGUACGAAAAAGAAGUGCAGCACGAUAUCAGAGAGGACGUCCCUCCCCCGAAGAGCCGCGCGUCGACGGCUCGCAGUUACGUCGGCAGCAACCACUCGUCCCUGGGGUCCAUGUCUCCUUCCAACAUGGAAGGCUACUCCAAGACCCAGUACAACCAGGUUCCAAGCGAAGACUUCGAGCCUCCUUCUCCGAAACCGGCGUUUCCGCUGAACAAGGUAGCCGCCCCGAAUCUGAGUAGGAUGGGCGCCGUGCCCGUCAUGAUCCCGGCCCAGAGCAAGGACGGCUCCAUAGUGUAGGCCGCGCUCGACGAGACUCUUCUCCUUUUUUCUGUCUUGUUUUUUUAUUCCCCAGUUUUUUAGCCCCUCCGCAGGUUUUAAGUAAAAAAACGCCCCACCUCGUUCCGAAUACUCUGCUCCCACGUUCAAAAUAGCUCCCGAAAACGAUAAGGAAAAUAAGCGAAUGGGAACCGCCGGCGGUCUCUCCCUCCCCGGAAGGUUGGGUCCGAUUCGGCCUCCGGGGGCAAAUGGAACUUCCCGGGAGAAGCGUCGGAGUUUCUGCCGAGCGGCGGCUCCCCGGGGCGAUCUCCUCGGUCCACCUCCUCUUCCCGGGCGCCUCUCGCGUUGCCUCGCCGUCGGGUUACGGGCGGCGGAAGAGGCGGGGCGGGCCUCUGACCCGGCGUGGCCUGCCCUGCCCGGGGCCAAUCCGGAGGUUUUGUUUUCCCCCUUUCUCCCCCCCCCCCCCCCCACCCCAAGGAUACCCUGGCCCGAAAGCGUUCGGACGGGACGUCCCGGAGGCGGGAGCCCAUCUGGGCCGGCGGGUGUCGUCGGCCUUCUGGGUCACCGCCCACGGGGCGACGGUCGGUCCCACGGGGUAGCCGUCGCGGCGGCGGCGGCUGAACGUAGCGCCGGGAGGCUGAGGGGCCGGUGACCCGGAGGCCGGCCUGGAUUUGACCGCUCCUCCGCCGGUAGGCGUUUCUCCCGCCCUCCCGAGUGAAAACUAGCACCGUCUCGUUUCGCCCGAUCUAUGGAGCCGCGUCGCGAGCCGCCCCCCGGAGGCCCGCGGGAGGGCCGGCGGCGCGGACGCCCCGGGCCGCGGUGGAAGAGCAACGCGUCCGGUUGAUUUUUCCGGAAACCGGAAAGCGUCGGAUGACGGAGGGGGCCCUUCCCGUCCGAGGGGGCCUCCCGGUUCUGCUGCCCGAGCUCGGCCCUCGAAUUCACACGGCGACGUGAAUCGCUUCGGUCCAGAGGAGGUGCCGCGGUUGCUAGAUAGGUCGGGCGGGCCGCGGAAUCCCCGCGCGCCGGCCCCGCCUCGUCCCCGGCGACCCGUCUGCCCGGCCCUGGAGCCGCGGGAGGGAUGUUUGAUCGAUCGAUUAGAUGUCCUAGAAACCAGGGAGUAUAAAAAAAAAAUCGUAUGUCGCAAAUGGGAGCUGUCCCCCUUCACGUUCGACUUAGAGAAAGGGUUCGAUUGUAAAAUGCGGUCGGCCGGGUCGGAUGUUCCCCCCUCCCCCCCCCCACUCCCCCGACCCUCGGGACGAUAGCGGGAAGGCCUGGCGUCUCAGCGACGUGGGAACUCGAGGCUCCGCGGGGGAUUCCGGCUGCUCUGAACGAAUCGGACUGUCGCUUGUCGGGAGGUCCGUCGCUUCCGAGCGAGCCGGAGCAAAAAGCCGAGGAUCGCCGUGGAACCGCCCAAUGUGUCGACGAACCGGCUAGGGACCGCUGAUCUCCGGAGGAGGAUCUUGAUGGCCCCUCCUGAAGAUCCCUCCCCAAGAAGGAUCUAGCGAGUGUAUAUAGUGUGCCGGUUGGCGUUACUUCUUGGUUUAGUUUUGUUUUUUUUGGUGUGUGUGCAGCCGGCGAGGUCAGUCCUGAGUGAUCCCACUAGGCCCCGGGCCCUUCCCCCCUAAGUGUCGGUCAGGACGUGGUCCUCCGCUGAAAGGGCUCAGGUGUCUCGGGGGCGGGGAGGGGCCGGGGGCGUUUCUGAGCCGGACGGAUCCGCCGCUCCCUCCCUUCCCCCCGGCCCGGCGGGCGGACGGACGGACGGACGGCGGGUCCGCGGGGCCGCUUUUUAACCUCGGAAAGGCCAACCCGCCUCGGUCCGGCUUCACCGGCCCGCCACCGCCCGUCGUCGGGGGUCCUUGGUCCCGAGCCUCCGCGGCCCGCCGCUCCUUCGCUCUACCGGGGACGUCCUGGUGCCGGAGAGCUGCCCGGGAAGAGCCCGGAGCACGCGUCGGAGUCGCGGGAGACGGCUCCGAUCUUCUACCCUCGGGCUCCGGACGACGCACCCCGCCGUCCUCCGUGUCAUCCCGCCCGUAACCGAGACGGGCGUGCGGUGUCGGUUUCCGGAGCGGGCCUUCCAGGACCCCCGGCCGCCUGGAAACUCGGCCUCCGGCCCCGUGUCGGUUGGCCGCCGGCACUUCUGCUAGUUGUUCAGGCUAGGCGUCUCGUGUCCGACGGUUUCGGUUUCGUGAGCGAGUCCGGUUAUGGCGGCCCGGUGAGCGAUCGUUUACGGGAUGUCAGUACCCCCUUUUGCCCGGAGAGUGAGGUCCUCGAAGGGAAGCGUCGCCGAAUUCACUUUCAAAAGUGCAACGCCUCUGGGUACACGGACCGGCCGCCGUUAGUCUUUUUUUCCAAGUCCCGUGGUAUUCCUUUUGUAAGGAGAUGGAGACCCUGGAUCUUUUCGCUCCAGAUUAAAGAAUAAAAAGGUAAAAGGCGAGUUCCAGUCCCCAAGAACCAUCCGGGAGGUGAUCCUUUUUCCAUCAGAAGGCACGGCCGGCACCGGACGCUCGACCGCGAGUCGUCCGCUCCCCUUUCCCUCGGCCCCGGCAGCCUGAAGGUCGACCGACGCUCCGGCUUGGGAUUCCCUCCGGUUCUCGUCGUCUGGAUUUGGCAGCGUUAGCCAUUUCGGAAUUCGGGGAGGCCGGGAAGCGUGGCGAUCGACGACGAGCCCGGGUUGCUGCCCACCUUGUUUUUUUUUCUCCCCAAGAUGGCACGUUGAUUCUGAGGCCCCCGUGGACAGGGGCACGGGUCUCCGCCCCGUCCCCGCAAGAGAAGGCCGGGUCGGGGGAGCUGCCGUUCGCCACUUAGGGCAACGUGGACGUGUAGGAAGGCGGUGAGAGAGUCUCGAGCCGGGUCAGGGCUUGGUGGUGCGUGGGGAAGACGGGGCGUUUUCUGGACCGCAAUCUAGACAUCUGGUGACCCACAAGCGUGCUCUGUGUGUGUGUGUGUGUGUGUGUGUGUGUUCGUCUGGGUGGAUGGUCAGACCCCGCGUAAUAAGAGGGUCCGUCUGGCUCCGGUUUCCGCCAGUUGUAAGAGUUAAAGUAUCUUGAAAAAUAUCGUGAAACCCGAUGAUCCGCAACUCGUUGCAGAUCUCGUGCAAGAAGUUGCUAAAAUGAUUCUUGCCCAAGGGGUGGGGGACGGGCGGGGGGGGGGGGGGGAUUUGUGUGUGUGUGUGUGUGCGCGUGUGUGUGCGCAAGCAUGCAGGUAAACUUGGAAAUAACAUGAAUGUUUUGGAUUGUUUUUUAAUGGCCUGGUGCAUUAAAAAAAAUGCCUUAUUCCAGUCUGGCAAAAGGCCUUUCUUUUAGGUAGCCAACUCCAAGCGGUGUCUCGUAGAAGAGACACGAGAGCCGGCUCCCUUUUUAACUCUUCUCCAUGUGGCAUGUGGAAUUUACGUGUAUAGCGAGAGCCCUUCAUUACGUUCUCCGUGCUUUGUACCCUUCACUAGUUUGUUUCGGGCAAGUUUUAAUGGAAGCCUCUGGAUCGGAGAGCUUGGUGCUCCUGCGGCACAAGCCAGCAUUUUCCCCAAAAGGCUCUGUGGCCAGCGUGCCCCCCCCCCCCCCACCCCACCGACCCCCGUCCCCGUCCCACCCACCCCCGUUUCCCCGACGACGGGCCCGGUCCUUAAAUCUGAGCAAUAGAUAGCCCGCCCAAAGCGGGCACCCACCAGCCCCCGAGGGAAAGGCUCCCGGGACCGAUUCGGCCGAUCGGUUUCGACGGGGUUUUAUAUUCCGGCUUCCGGCCGAAGGAUUUCGGUGCAGGCAUUGAAAUUGGUGAGAAUCUCCUUUGUAAAAACUUGCUCUAGUUUGGUGACCUCCUUGUGUACUUUUUGAAAUAAAAUCGGGGGAGAAGGUGGGCCCGUCCACCUCUCGCUUAGAAAGUCGA